GGAUGCAAUGAGUAUAAAUCGUGAUUCUUUCAGUAAACAAGUUUUUACAUGUGCUGCCACUGGACAAGGAAUACAGAAUUUGGAGAUGGCAAUAUCAGACCUGGUGGGACUCAACAAAACUCUUACAAGUGGCCGUAGAUGGACGGUAAACCAGAGACAAUGCGAGCAGCUUCUUAAAACCAAGGAGGCAUUUACAAGAUUGAAAUCUUCCAUUGAAGACGAGUUGCCCCCUAACUUUUGGACAGUGGAUUUGAGGGAUGCUGUAUUAGCUCUUGCGGAAAUUUGUGGUGAGGAAAUCUUCCAAUAUUUUUUGCAAGUUCUGUAUUGGUAAGUAGAUAGUAUCAUCAAUAUAUGUACGAUUUCAUAGUAUCAUCAAUAGUAUCGUCAAUAUUUUUGGCAA